AUGUCCGAAUUCAAGUUUCCUCUCUCACCUAUCGAAAUCCAAGCAAAAAAUCAUGCGAUCCUCUGCGCAAGCGGUUUCCUGAUUCUCCUUCCGGUUGGCGUGCUUAUAGCACGAUACUCAAGGACAAUUACAAAUAGAUGGUUUCCGUUCCACGCUGCUUUCCAACUAUUCGUUGCAGGCCCUGUAAUCCUCACAGGCUGGUACUACGGCUGGAAAACCUCAGAACAACUCCUGCUCGGUCAUUUCUACGACCCACACCAAAAGAUGGGAUUGACCUUAUUGAUUCUCUACGUCGUGCAACUACUCGGUGGGGCGUCCGUUCAUUGGAUCAAGACGCCCUCGCGAUUCGGUAGCGGCACACGCCCUCUUCGGAACUACUUCCACGGCUUUUCGGGUCUCGUAAUCUUUGUUGUGGCGGCCUCUCAGGUCCAUUACGGUCUAUACAUUGAAUGGGACGUUGCUCUUGGAGGGCUGCAUCGAGUUCCACAGAGCGCGAAAAAUGCGUGGAUAGCUUUGGUUGUGAUAUUCUGGGCUCUAUACAUCGUAGGCCUCGCACUUCUUCCUCGACAAUUCCGCCAGGAGAGGAAGGGUAGAGAGCAUCGCGAUUCUGAGGCUCAUCAUGAAUUACGAUCUGGUAGAACUUCCGAAAUUUGA